AUGUCGGCGGUCGACGCGGCGUGGCAGCGCCUCAAGGCCGCCACCGCGCCCGCAGCCAUGGCGGGAAGCAGACUCUCCGCCGCUUCCGCCGCCGCACCUCCCGCACAGCCGCGCGGAGAUGGAGGCGGAAGCGCAAUAGCCGCCGCUUUAGACGGUGGAGCGGCAGGUUCCGCGGAUCUUGCGUCGUGGGUGUGGGACCUGGGUCUGAGGCCCCUCCCACACUCUGCCCCCGAUUCGGAUGCUGCUGGCAGUGACGCGCGGGGAGAGAGGAGCGGUGGAAAGGUGGCUGGGGGAGCGGAAGGAGCAUUGGGGAGUGCAGAGAGGGGGGGGGCGGGGCAGGCAGAGGGUAGAGGGGAUGAUGGGGUGCGGGAGGGGGGGAAUAUGGAGGUGGACGAGGGGAAUGGUCGAAGGAGUGGGGAGGGGAACAAGGAGGGGGACGUGGCAAGAGAGAAUACCACUGCUGCUGCAGCAGCAGGUGCAGAGCGGGCGGCAGCAGCAGCGGCGGCGUUGAGAGCGACACAGGCAGCAGCAGGGGGGGCAGUGGUGGACGACUCCAAAGUGCAGGUGCGGGAGGUGGUGGACUUUGCAGGGGAGGCGGUGGAGGUGGUGCGGGUGCUGGACGCGCGCUCUAAAGAGGCUGCUGCUGCCAAGCGCAAGGCCGACAUGCAGGUGAGGGAGAGAGGCAAGAGGAAGGUGAGAGGCGAGAGGAAGUGCAAUGAAGCAGCCUCUGCUGCAUGGGGCAAAGCAGGUGAGCGCCCAUGUUCCACUGUCGUCGCUUGCCCUUCACUCAUGCUCUCAAGAGUGCUCUCCCUCUGCUGCUCCACGCCGCGUCUCCACUCCACAUCCUCCCUCUCCCCUUCCUGGCCUCACCCCUCCUCGUUCUCUCUCCCCUCCCCGCCCUCUCCCGUCACUGCCCUGUCCCCGUCCCCCGCAUGGCUGGCAGGCGUUGACAUCGAAGGGGUUGGACGCCAUAUUGGCGCAGAUGGAGAAGAAGAAGAAACUCAGCUCAACAUCCUUGACAAGUCGCUGCUGCUCCACAACCCAUCUUUACAUCCUCUCUCUCCCCUCUCCGCCCUCUCCCGUCCCCCGCAUGGCUGGCAGGCGUCGACAUCAAAGGGGUUGGACGCCAUACUGGCGCAGAUGGAGAAGAAGAAGAAACUCAACAUCCUCGACAAGUCACGCAAGGUGAGCGAGCCGUGCAAGGUGUGUGCCCGGGCUGAGAAUGGACAAGUCACGCAAGGACUGGAGCGAGCACAAGGAGGGAGUGGGUGUGGCAGUGCGGUUGGAGCAGUGCAGCACUGGCCUCUUGCUCCCUCUCACUCCAUCCCCCCUUUCCCAAACCUCCCCGUCCUCUGCUGCCCACCAGAACUGGAUGAGUACAAGGAGGGCACGGGCGUGGUGGAGGAGUUGGAGGAGUACAGGAGGAGCGGUGCCACGUACACGGAGAAGAGGGCGUUUCUGGGGCAGGCUGACCUGCGCGAGUACGAGCGCGAACGCGAUGCCAAGCUGGCUGCGCAAGCCAGGAGAGCACGGCCGGGGGGAGUGGAUUGA